ACUUAAUGUAAUUUCUAUUAAUUUAAAUCGGUAAUGCGUGAAAGUAUUAAAAAAGUGCAGUUUAAUUUGUGUGUCAUCACAAUUGCACAUUUUUGCGUGUAAACGCUACACGGAAUUGGACGCGCGAGUUCAAAUAAAAAAAGUAUUUAAUCAAGUGUAAAAUGAAUAAUGAUGCGAAAGAUAUUGAAUGCAAUGACUUGAAUGUGCGCUCUGCAUAUUUUUCCAAAAAUUCGAAAACCCCAACAACUACCAUACCAGCAGUGAGUAAUAAAGCUGCCGUGAAUACAGCAACAACAACGGGUACAGCAACUAUAACAUCAACGUCAUCGUUCUCAGCAACUGCAACUUCAAAUAAUCAAGCACAAAGAGUUGCAACAAAGGCAAAACAAGCUGUUAAAGGCAAUAACAAUAACCCCAACAGCAGUAGUAAAAAAUCAUCGGCUUCUGCUGUUAGUAGAGCAUACAAUUACACUGGCCCUCGCAUAGCAGCAGCAAAACAUUCAAUUGCAGUAGCAUUGCUCGCGCAGGAUUUAAAAAACGCUCAGCGCGAGAAGCGUGUUGCUAAGCAUGCAGCUGCUGUUGAUUUUACGCAGGAUUUGAUUACAACAACGCCAGCGUCUUCAGUGAAUCCUCCCACAACAUCGGCAAGUAGUAACACUGGCAACGCUAUUGACUUUUCAUCAAGUUCUACUUUUGCCGUUGCGCCGCCGCUCACUGUUGAGAACGCAGCAGCUGCGAUUGUAGCCGAGCUUAGUCAGCUUAAGAAGACGACGAGCAUCAGUAACAGCAACGCGAGGCUUAAGGUCAACAACAAUACCAACGCCACUGCCAAUACAACCAACAACAAAAAUAACAUAAACCGCAGCACAGCCACCAACAACAACAUUAAAAUGUCCAAAACGGCCGCAAACAAAACAGCUAACAGCGAAGCGGUUUCAGCUGCAGCGGCGGCUGCAACUGCUGCCUUUGUUACGGCCGGCACUACUACUACACCCACGCCCAUACCCGUUUCGUAUACAGCGCCACCUUUGACGACGGAAACGACAACUACCCCGAUAACGACCAAUGCGUCCGCUUCGUCGGGGGGCUGCCCAAAUGCUGGCAGCAGUGCCGUUAUAGCUAAUCCUGCGUCAACCGCCGGGUCUGCAGCCAAACUUAGAGCAGCUGUUGCAUCGGCGCCAUCGUCCGGGAACACGAAGAAAACUCGAGCAGCUUAUGCAGCCUUAAAGCGCCAAGUAGCCAUGCAACAACAGCAGCAGCAAACGGCCACCUCUGUAACAGGCUCGUCGCCUUCCGCUUCUUCAAUAAGCAGCCACAAGGAUUCCGCGAGUUUAAAAUUCGCAGCCACUACUUUGCUUAUGGGUGCUGCUGCCGAUGGCUACGCGGGCGCUGCUGUUGGUGCCUCAUCCUCCAGCUCACAAGCGCAGGUGCAGGCAGCAGCUGUUGCAUCCGCAGCGGCGGUGCUUAAGCAGAAACUCAAAGAUGCCGCCGCAUCAAAUGCAGCCGCCAAUCGCUCUGCAUCCUCUUCAACAUCAUCGAACUCCUCGUCACUCUCCUCCUCUGUGGGAAUUGUUCACGCUAUAUCAACAGCACUGCAGAACAUAAUUGCCACUGAUACGGAUACGGACACUGAUUUUUAUCCUCCACAGCCCGCUACCACAGACCUUUCAGAAUCUGAAGAAGAGUCCGUCUCGGAGAUCCUAUUGGCAUUCUUGUGUUUAAGGCCAGAUUUGCUGGAUGAUAUACCAGAAUCUGAUCCAGAUAGUUGUCCACACGAGGGUGGAGCACGGGAGGACGAAGACGAAACGGAAGAAGAAUCUGAAGAUUCUGAUGAAUCCGACGGCGAUGAUGAGGAGGAUGACGAAGAACUAGAUAUCCUGCAGGAUAAUGAUGCCGACGAUGAGGACAUCGACGAUGAGGAAGAUGAAGAUGCACCUGAAGUCAGUAAUUUUGAACGUUCGAGUAAUAUUUCCGCCCUGAAUGCAAAGGCACCUGUUUUGCGUCAUGCCACGCAUGCUAUUGACGAAACUAAGCAGGCGUUGACCAAAAUGAGAUGCGCCAAUAGCCCGCGUGAUAAGAGUAGUGGUUUUUCACGGUCCCUUGUCGCUGCCUGUACGGACAACGAUGUGAAUACGGUGAAGCGGUUGCUUUGCAAAGGCAAUGUCAAUCUGAACGAUGCUUCUGCAUCCACGGAUGAUGGCGAGUCUUUGCUGUCAAUGGCUUGUUCGGCUGGAUACUAUGAAUUGGCACAGGUCUUGCUGGCCAUGUCUGCUGCUCAGGUAGAGGACAAAGGACAAAAGGACUCAACACCACUUAUGGAAGCCGCAUCAGCUGGUCAUUUGGAUAUAGUCAAGCUUCUGCUCAAUCACAAUGCUGAUGUAAACGCACAUUGUGCAACUGGAAAUACACCCCUUAUGUUUGCAUGCGCCGGUGGACAUGUUGAUGUGGUAAAGGUUCUGCUGAAACAUGGCGCAAAUGUUGAGGAACAAAAUGAAAACGGGCAUACACCGCUAAUGGAAGCAGCUUCGGCUGGACAUGUAGAGGUUGCCAAGGUAUUGCUCGAACAUGGUGCCGGUAUCAAUACCCAUUCGAAUGAAUUCAAAGAGAGCGCCUUGACGUUGGCCUGCUAUAAGGGGCAUUUGGACAUGGUGCGGUUUCUGUUGCAGGCUGGCGCGGAUCAAGAACAUAAGACAGAUGAAAUGCACACUGCACUAAUGGAGGCAUCCAUGGAUGGACACGUUGAAGUAGCUCGCCUGCUUCUGGACUCUGGAGCACAGGUUAACAUGCCGACUGACUCGUUUGAGUCUCCUCUUACUCUCGCAGCUUGCGGUGGUCAUGUAGAGUUGGCUACGCUGCUUAUUGAACGUGGCGCCAAUAUUGAGGAGGUUAACGACGAGGGUUACACACCUUUAAUGGAGGCGGCCCGCGAAGGGCAUGAGGAAAUGGUAGCGCUUUUGCUCAGCAAGGGCGCAAACAUCAACGCCACUACUGAGGAAACUCAAGAAACUGCGCUUACCCUCGCUUGUUGCGGCGGCUUUAGUGAAGUGGCUGCUUUUCUUAUUAAAGAGGGCGCCAAUCUAGAACUGGGCGCGUCCACCCCGUUAAUGGAAGCAUCACAGGAAGGUCACACGGAUCUAGUGCGUUUUCUGUUACAAAAUAAAGCCAAUGUGCAUGCAGAGACGCAGACGGGUGACACUGCAUUAACGCAUGCCUGCGAAAAUGGACAUACUGAUGCGGCUGAGGUGCUUCUUUCCUAUGGAGCCGAGUUGGAACACGAGUCUGAGGGCGGUCGCACACCUCUGAUGAAAGCCUGCCGUGCCGGACAUUUGUGUACCGUGAAGUUUCUCAUACAGAAGGGAGCCAAUGUCAAUAAGCAGACGACCAGCAACGAUCAUACACCUCUCUCCCUUGCCUGCGCCGGUGGUCAUCAGUCGGUUGUAGAGCUUCUUUUGAAAAAUAACGCCGAUCCAUUCCACAAGCUUAAGGACAACAGUACCAUGCUCAUCGAGGCCUCUAAAGGUGGACAUACGCGUGUUGUGGAGCUGUUAUUUCGCUACCCGAAUAUUUCGCCGGUGAUAAAUUCGCAGACAAAGAUACAACAACAGCUGACAGCACCGCCGGGGCUCCAGGAGUUGUCCGAGGCGGCACGAGUAUCUAAUCAGCAGUUGUUCCAUCAGCAACAAUUUACUGGUAAUGGCGCCAAUAUUGUGGCCCUUGGUGCAGGAGAUUUCCUUGAUACAGGCGAGCUGCAAUUAACGGCAACGGGAGCAUCUUCAUCGGGUGCUACGAGUAACGAAGCAGGUUCGGAAGAAUAUGUGGCUGGCGUGGGAGGAAUCGAUUUAACCACACUGAGCGCCCAGCAGCAAGAGGGCCUGAUCGCAAAGUCGAGACUGUUCCAUUUGCAGCCCGGAUUUGAACAAGGGCUAGCACAAGCAACACUGCCGCCACCUGGACCACAAAGCAGUGGAUCUCAGCACCAAUCGCUGCCUUGCAAGCACUUUGACUUGGACAUGGAUCACAUCAAUUCAUUGACGCCACCACAGAAAGCACCACCAGCUCCGCCUGUGUUGCAUGCUGUAAGUCAAUCCAUGUUGCAGGUACAACAGCCGCAGCAGCUACAACCUCAUUUGAAAAUGAAGGGCUGUGGAGGUCGCAAACAUCGGCAAUUGCAUUUGGACAUGGAUGAUAUUGAGCUGCCGCGUCACCACCAGCAACAACUUGCUGGUGAGGUUCGGACACAGCCCCUGGGCGAAGAUCAGCAGCAAGAACUACAACAGCAGUAUAUGUGCGUAAGUGAGGAUCCGCGCCUUGUGCGACGUCGCAUCGGUUUUUUGCAAGAGGUUAAGAAAACCAGUGCAGCUGAACCACUCGAUGCAAACGAGUCUGAGGCUACAGCUGCUAUGAAAGGCACGGAUGGCACACUGUCAGCGUCUGGCGGUUCUUCAGAGUGUAACGCACAACUGUUAGCGAAAAACGCUGGCGGCGCUAAUGCGAAUAUAAGCACAAGCCCAAUCACCCACUCCUCGGAUGUGCUCCAGACCACUGCUAUAAGCGAUCGCCCUAAAGUAAAAGCAAGCAACAAGAACAAUCGCAAGCAGACAGGAGCGCAGUAUGCUAACGUUUUGCCGCUACAGCAAAAGCAAAUGGUGUCCAUCUACAAUAAUUUGCAAUUGCAGCAGCAACAGGAGCUGCAGCUGCACCAACAAAUGCAGCAUCAGCAGCUACAAUUGCAACUGCAGCAACAUCAGAAUCAGCGAACCCAACUUGAAAAUGCAACCACAGCCAGCACUAUACCGAUGGCAUUCUCGAAUUCGCCAGCUUCUCCGCUUGCGUCGCCUACAGGCACAGCUCCACAAGCAGUGGAGCAGCAACAGCAACUUCAUCUGCCCCCCCUAGAAGUUGGCGAAGCAGAAUCGCAUAAGACUCAAAUGGCUGAUUUUCGUGGCUUUCUCGAGACUGCUGUAAAUGAGUCAUUAACGCGUGAGCGCAACGAGUUGGGACUCAAUCCCGCAUCCGCUCCGCUGGGCAUGAAUGCGCCGCAGUUGAAAUUCCUUAAGGAUGGUUGGAUGUUGGGCGUGCAUAAUUUUUUUGGCGAACAUCCCAAAUCGCCUACUGAAACUCCCCCAGAAAUGGAAGAAACGAUCAUGGAGCAUAUGGAGCCGCGUUCUGAAAUGAAGAACUUAGCCACUUUGUGCUCAGCUGCAGCAGUUGCAGCAGCUGUGGUUGCUGCUCACAAGGAUGAAAUCAGCACUGAUCCGGAAAGCGAGGAUGAAGAGGGAAAUGCAGAUGGUGAAGGUGAGCCAGAUGUUAAUGCCGAUCCCGAUGCUGACGGCGAGGAAAACACAUUGCCACCCGAACCCAUUGAGUUGACCGAAGCAUUUUGCGACGAGGAAGACGAUGAUGAGGAGGAUGACACUAAUAGCGGUCCUAUUGAAAAGUCAAACUAUGACGAAGACGAUGCCGAUGUCGAUUACGUUGACGAAGAAGAUGAUGCUGGAGAAGAUUACGAUGAUGAGCUCUUUGUAAAUGAUAAUGUUUCGGUCGAUCAGAGCAACGGUGGCGGCGUCGAUAGUGCCGGCUGCAAGUCGGUAGCCGAUAAUCCUGCAAUACUACCAUCAAUUAAGAAUCGGAAAUUGUCAACUACACGGCUCGAGAACCUCAUCCUAUCGAAUGUGGCAAUUAAACCAGAAUGUGGCACUGUACCCCAGGGCCUAUGUGAUUAUAGGCAAGAUUUACGAACCUCAGAGCUUGUGCAUGUGCUGCCCCAGAUUAGCAACAUAAAAGCAGCUGCAGCGAAUAAUGCUGCGCUAAGUGUGUUACAGCAGCAGCUUGCUGCAGCGCAGGCGGCAGCGGCGCAGGCUAAAGCUGCGCUUAAACAUCAUCAGGAGACCGAGCACCAACAUCAAUGCGAUGACGAAGCCUCUGUGAGCGCAGGCUCUGGUAGCGACUUUUACCCCGGGCUGGAGCGUUUUGCCACCGAUGGUGGUGAUGGCGGUCAUUAUGACAUUGCGGUUGAAAUGGAGGAUAUAUUCCAGGUACUUCCGAAUGCUAACGAACCAACUCUUCAGGAGCUGGCCAGCAAUCUGAACUAUCCUGAGCUGGCGGAAUUUAGUCUCAAUCAAAUGUGCAAAGGCCGCUUUGCAAGCAACUGGACAGAUUCACCGGCCAAGUGGAGUAGUCAGGAACAAAUGCUGGCGGCAGCACAUACACAGGGGUUGCUAAAUAGUAGCGAUUCCCAGCAACAAGAUCCACAGCGCCAAGCAAAUUUAGUCCUGCUAGACUAUCCCAUGCAGCAGAGGUUUGCCGAUCCCGACGAACUGCACCUGCAGCCAACAACAGUUUCGCUUUUGCCCUUUUCACCAGAAGAUGCGGCCGCUGCUGUUGCCGCGCAUCAGCAACAACAACAGCAACUGCAUCCAACACUGCCACCGUCUGCAAACUUCGUCUAUAAUGUGGAGGGCAGUGAUAAAUCAACUCCACCUGUGCAAUUGCUUUUCCAGCUUCCACCAGCACUAACACAACAACCACAACCAGGCGACCAUCAGCCCUCAGAUACCCAGCAAUUGCAGCUACAACAUGCAGAGCAACAGCUGCAGGAACAACAAAAACAGCAGCUAUAUCAACAUCGCUCGCCAACGCUGCGCGAUGCCGAACGACUACUUCAGCAACAGCAACAAACCGAGCUGGAGCAGGUCGCUCAGGAGCUACUCCUGCAACGCCAGGCUGGUGGCAAUCAGGGACCUAUGAGUCAGGCCCUGAAACAGAAACAUUUUAACUUGCAGGAACAACUGUUAUUGCAUCCACCACCUCACUUACAGACGCAAACAUGUAUGCAGCAUACUCAGCAGGUGCAGGUUGGCACACAGACGCACCCAUCGGUCGUUGUGCCGCAUGCAACGGCACAAUAUGCGCAGUUUGCAUUGCAGCAACAACAGCAACAGCAUCAACAACAACAACAUCAACAACCAAAUGAGUUAUCCAUUUGGCCCAUGGCGGCAUCUGUACCAACAGGAGGAGGAGUCAGCUCCAAAUCCAUGCCCGGUGGUAUUGCUAAGAAAGCUAUUGACAAACAAUCGCGAAAGGAUAGACGCUGCUCCGGAUUCAGACAAACACCGGCUGGAAGUCAAGUGAAUACCAAUCAGCAUCAGCAACCACUACCGCAACAGCAACCACAACUGCAGAAUCAAUUGACUGGUGCCGCAGCUGGCCUGGAGAAAACCAUAGAAAUUGAUUCAGAGACGGAAUCAAAUCAUGAUACGGCACUUACAUUGGCCUGCGCCGGUGGGCACGAGGAGUUGGUGGAGUUGCUCAUUAUGCGACACGCGAGGAUUGAACAUCGGGACAAGAAGGGAUUUACUCCACUUAUAUUGGCCGCGACCGCUGGCCACGAAAAGGUCGUCGACAUAUUGCUUAAGCACAACGCAGAGCUGGAGGCGCAGUCAGAACGCACCAAAGAUACGCCUCUAUCGCUUGCCUGCUCUGGUGGGCGUUACGAGGUUGUGGAACUCUUGUUAAGCAAAGGCGCAAACAAGGAGCAUCGCAAUGUGUCCGACUAUACACCCCUUAGCUUGGCCGCCAGUGGCGGUUAUGUAAACAUUAUUAAGCUGCUACUCAGUCAUGGGGCUGAGAUUAAUUCACGCACCGGUAGCAAACUGGGCAUCUCGCCCCUUAUGCUAGCUGCCAUGAACGGCCAUACAGCGGCUGUAAAAUUGUUGCUUGAUCAAGGAUCGGACAUAAAUGCACAAAUUGAGACAAAUCGCAAUACGGCGUUGACCCUUGCUUGCUUCCAAGGACGACAUGAGGUAGUAAGCCUGCUUCUAGAUCGUCGUGCCAAUGUGGAGCAUCGUGCAAAGACGGGCUUGACGCCGCUUAUGGAGGCUGCUUCUGGUGGUUAUAUUGAAGUGGGGCGCGUGUUACUCGACAAGGGCGCGGAUGUAAAUGCCGCACCCGUACCCACUUCGCGCGACACUGCGCUGACCAUUGCAGCCGACAAGGGGCAUCAAAAGUUCGUAGAGCUUCUGCUCUCAAGAGGUGCCUCUGUAGAGGUUAAGAACAAGAAAGGCAACUCUCCGCUGUGGCUGGCUGCCCACGGGGGCCAUCUAAGUGUGGUGGAGUUGCUAUAUAAUCACAAUGCGGACAUUGAUUCGCAGGAUAAUCGACGGGUAUCUUGUCUCAUGGCCGCUUUCCGCAAAGGUCACACCAAGAUUGUUAAAUGGAUGGUGCAGUAUGUGUCACAAUUCCCUUCAGAUCAGGAGAUGAUUCGUUUCAUUGGUACAAUAAGUGAUAAGGAGCUGAUCGAAAAGUGCUACGAUUGCAUGAAGAUUCUACGCUCCGCCAAAGAGGCGCAGGCUGUAAAAGCCAACAAAAACGCGUCCAUACUGCUUGAGGAGCUCGAUCUAGAGCGUACUCGCGAGGAAAGUCGUAAAGCCGCAGCAGCAAGACGCCGAGAGCGAAAGAAAAAGAAGAAAAUGGAGAAGAAGGAAGAAAAGCGACGUCAGCAACAGGCCAGUAAUGGCAGCGUCUUGGGCGAUGAUAUGAAUGCCGAAGAUGACUGCGAUAGCGAUAAGGAUGACGACAGCGAUAAAGACGAGGAAGACGAAGAGGUUCCACCGCCACGCGAAGAAGGUGACUCUGGUAUUGAUCAAGGCUCCUGUUCUAGUGGUGAUACAAAGGCUGCACGCGGUAAUGUCGCACAGGGGGAAAGCAAUAACAAUAAUAUGAGCCAGACAAAGAAAUCUAAAAAGCAAAAAAAUAAAGCGCAGGCGAACCCUCAACCACCAGCAUCGUCAAGUGACACAGCAACUGAGAAAUUGCCAAAGGUACAGGCAACUACAUCUGCAACCGCAAUGGCUUGUAAAAGUACGGUACCAGCGAAAAAGACCCCAACAAUCGAGGGUGUAAAAACAACCAGCCAGCAAGUGCAUUUACGUGCGCAAAUCAAGAAGGAAGACCAGACAAACAGAAAAAAAGAAACGGCAAACAAGCGGGAAAAGGAGAACCUAGCGCCCAAAGAGUCCUUAUCAGUACCGUUCAAGCAGCACCAGUUAACUACUAACCCUGCUAUCAAGGACAAGUUAAUAAGCAGUGAGUCCGCCACCAACAUUUCCUCUAGCAGCCAGCGAAAGGCCCCAUCUCACUCAUCCACGCUGCAGAAGCAUGAAGAUCCUAAGAGCAGUAACAGUGCACCGGCAGUUGGCAAGCGUUGCGAAGUCGAUGGUUGGAAGGAGGUAGUGCGUAAGAGCUCCACACAACAAACGGCAGUCACUGGUGCUAUGGCAUCAAGCCAAAGCGGCGCCAACCCUAAUGCUCUCAGCUCAAACAUGGCUCCAAGCAAUUCUUCCACCAGUGUAAGCAACGUCAAUACUUGUAACAACAAUAAUUGUAGCACCAACAACGCUGUCACAUCGAGCAACAGCUCUUCAUCGUUGCCAGCCGCCCCUGAAAUGACCUGUAAAAAGGUACAGGUGCCUGUCAACGCCAUAUCGCGAGUAAUUGGACGCGCUGGCAGUAACAUUAAUGCCAUACGCGCCACCACUGGAGCCCAUAUUGAAGUCGAGAAGCAGGGCAAAAAUCAAUCGGAAAGGAGCAUUACAAUUAAGGGCCUUACUGAUGCCACGAAACAGGCGCACAUGCUCAUCUUAGCGCUUAUCAAAGACCCUGAUGUAGAUAUACUGCAAAUGUUGCCACGUAUAAACACUAGCAUUAAGGCAGCUACAACAAUAAGUACACCAACGUCUGGUACAUCAACGACAACUAUGACUGUUGGCACUUGGGAUAACAAGACUGUUGCUAAUGCUGUUUCGGCACAUUCGCAACACAACACUAGCAACUUCUCUUCAGCAGCCUCCACCACAUCGACAUCAUCCAGUUCUUCGGCCAGUUCUACACCUGGUUCAUUCAAUAAUUUGCCAAACAACGGCAGCAAGCAGCAGCAACUGGCAGUAGGUUGUGGCAGCAGCAAGGCCCAGUCCACUCGUGGUGGUACUACAAAAUCAUUGGGCGCUACUAACAAAUCUAACGCCCCAUCUGGUGGCUCCCGAGGCGGCCAAGUGAACAAGGCCUACUUUACACAGCAGCAAACUACGCGUGGGAAUACGCCAGCCAAUGGUGUCACCACGAAGUCAACAAAGCAGGAAAGCACACAGCUAAAUAAGUCAAGUACAUCUACUUCGAAUAGUUCUAUGCCAGUCAAGAGCUCGGGCCAGGGGAAAUCCUCAACAACAUCGCAGAGCUUUGUCAUAAAGGGAACGUCUAGUGGUGGCACACAGUCUACGUUGGCUAGCGCCGCUUCGCCCAAGAAGUUGGACUCUGGACGCGGCAGCGGUGUUGUGGCGCCCUACGGACGCGGGAAGCCGGUUACAAAUGUCACAGCAUCUACGUCUACUUCCCAAUUAGGUAAUGCAGGAAACAACAAUACAUUGGCUGGACCAAUAGGCACAUUUAAUGCGGCCGACGUAGCUGCUGUUAAUGCAGCUGCGGCAGCAGCAGCUGCCGCUGUUUCAAACAACACCAACAACAUAAACAGUAGCAGUAAUGUUAAAGCACGCGCGGUUACUCCCAUAGCGCCUCCCAACAAGCGAUCUAGUUCCCCAUUGCAAACGCAGCAACAGCAGCAGAAACACCAGCCGCAACAUACGCCGUCUACCAGUAGCCAACAGAAUCUGGUAAUCAACACCAACAUACUCAAUGAUAUAAUGGCUGUCAAUGCGAAUACUACCAAUGACAGUUUUGGAGCCCAACUCGCAGCCAAGCUGUCCAGCGCCUAUUCGCUAUUCAGCGACUAUCAUCAGUCGCAAUGGGGCAAGCUAGUGGGUGGCGAUAGUGCACAAUGUAGUAAUGUCAGUGGCGUUAAUUCCAUUGUAGGCGAUGUGUUGCCACAGGCGGAUGCCUCAAAGGCACCCGGUUACAAUCGCAACAUUCUUAGUUCGCCCGUGGGCAGCUCCAAGGCCUCGUCCAAUCAUUCGACCUCGCCACCAGUUGGUAAUGUCAUCCAGCAACAACAGCAGCAAAACAACAAUGGCAGUAACAGUGUGCAACAGGCACUUAACAUAAUUACCACGAAUGCCGCAGGUGCAACAUCUGCCAGCAGUGGCGGUUCGACAGCGGCUAGAUCACCACUAGUUACUGAUAAUGCAUCAGCAGCAGCAGCAGUCAAUGCAACAGUGAACGGCAGCCAGGGCGUAGGCGAUGGAAACAAUGUGCCCACAGGGCACUCGCCUGGGGUUAUAAAGCCGCCUACAGCGCCAAUUCAGCGACCAGGACCCGGACCCGUAGGCAGUCAAAUUCAAAUGCCAGCAUCGGGUUCAGAGCCUUCGCAGGGUAAUAUAAACUUCGGCGCCAUUGGCUCUACCGCAACAUCGACGGUUGCUUCUGUGGCACCACCAAAUAUGAUUGACAGACAACAGCAGCCGAACCUUCAACGUUUACUUUAUGAUAACAAAGUGGGUAACACAGCUCAGCCGAUGAAUUAUGCUAUGGACCCGGGCUCGGCUUAUAUUGUUGAUGGAAAUAUACUGCGUAUAAAUACUAGAGGCGCCGUGUUCUCACAGGCAGGUAACGGCAAGAACCAACAACAAGCGCAAGGCAAUCAACAGCAGGCCCAGGCGGCAGCAGUCGCGCAGUCCAAUAUGUUUCAGUCGCGACAGGGGGCAGGUGGAGGUCGACAGCCAGGUGUUCCAGGACCCGGACCGCAGCGGUGGUACGGCGGCACCCUGGAGUAUCCUGCAUACAGCGGGCGUGACAUAUUGCAUUUGGAAAAUGGAGCCAUGGCUGGCAUGAGCUCACCAUCUGCCAUGUCACCUAAUCACGAUGACAUACGCAAGAUGCCGCGCCCUAUUGGCACGGAGCGGGCCUCAUGGAAGUACAAUAACUUUAAUGUUGCCACCACGGCCUUGAAUAUGGACGAUGGAUUGGCCACUGUGCUGCCACCCUGGGCCCACGAGCCGAAGGCUCAGCCGCCAGGAUUACAGCAGCAGGCCCAGCCUCCAAACUGGAUGAAACAACAACCUUAUCGGCCUUAUAACAAUGCUUGCGCACCAUAUCCCCAGCAGCCGCAACAUGAAGCAAUGAAUUCUUCACAACAGAUGCCAAUGGACUAUCCACACAUGCAACCGCAGCACAAUAUUGGGCAGAGCCAGCAACGCGUUAAUAUGAUGCAGGCCUCGUACGGCUUUCAACAUUUCGUUGGAGCACCCGGCGCCGCUGACAUGCCAGCACACAUGCCCGAAAAGGUGGAAUCUUGGGACCACCAUGAGAAACACCAGCCUUGGACCACUUAUACAACAAACUGGUCGAAUUGAUGUUCCAACAGCAACAAACAGCGUCCGUUUAAAUUAAACAGGACGUCACAAGCAAGCAGUAAAUGAAAAAAUCAAAGAAAUCUGUUACCUCUGACCUAUAUGAUGAUACUCAAAAGGUGACAGGGUAAUCACGACAAGGACGAAACAAAUCUGAAAUUGCGACAACUACAAAACUAACAACAACAGGCGGCAAUUAUUGUUGCACACACAAAUUUAAGAAUGCAAAUUUUGUAACCGUUUUUUUUUUACGUUUUCUAUUCGGCUAACCCCCUCCCCAUGAAAAACACGUUCUUUGCUUCGUUUUUUAUUUUCGAUAUUGAUGUUUAGAUUUGGGGGUGUUUAAAUUCGCUGGUAAUCUGAAAUUAGGCACCACGCAAACAUACCUAUACGAAUUCACAGCCACACCAAUACAAGACAGAAUAAAUGGAAAAAUAUAUACAUUAUUUAUUUUAAAAGAUAAUUCAAUAUUUUGUUGAAUGAGAAACAUGAAGUAAAUUAUUGUUUCGGGUGAAUACACAACCAUGCAUAUAAAUACUUACACACACACACACACAUAUACAUACAUACAUAUAUAUUUAAUUUUAAGAUAGAAAUCAGUCUUAUGAAUGAAAUUUUAACGUUUAAUUAGCGGAAGCAAAGCUAAAAUGAGUUACAUAUAUAUUUAAAAAUAAAAGCGAGAAAUGAAUUUCAAAUUGUGAAUCAA